AUGGUUAGAUCUGCGGGAGCCGUGGGCGAGGGAAGGUUUUCUACAGCCGCAGAGGAGAACGCCAGCAUGAAAAUGGCAAAGGACAUACCACAAGGGGGGUUAAUAACUCUUUGGCACGGCCCAGAAGGCGCACAGCAGAACGGGAAAGGGGUGGGUGGACCCAAACAGGAACAGUACUGA